CUCCCUCCUAUCCCUAAAUCCUAAUCCUCUGCCUAUAACCGUAGCGUUGUUUAUCUUCCUACUCAUCUCUGGAGGAAGGAAAGAAGGAAGGAAGUCUAUUGAGUUUUUUAUUCUAUGACUUCCGAACUUAUCGGUUGUAUCUUAACCUAGAAUAAUGAGAAUAAUUCUCCUCCGAAAGAUUUUGCUAUUUAGCUGGUGGAACUGUUGUAAGAGUGGGCUUAACCUUUAAAAAAUAUAAGAUACAUGUACAACAUUGUGGGACUCCACAACAACAAGAUAAUAAUGUUGAACAAAACUCAAAAAUCCCAGUUGGCGAAGAACGAGAUUGGGGAUAUGAUUUAUAUCCUGAACGAAGAGGAGACAAAUUUAAACGCAGCUGGUUUAAAACAUUCAUGGGUAUUGAAGGUCGCGAAGGGAUGAAAAAGAUAAGAUGUGAAAGGAAUGUUUAUUAUUGUAUUAAAAAUAGUCCACUGAUAAAACUGAUGGUAGCUGCUUUAAAGAGCUCUGGCUGUGAGUUCGAUAUACGCCGACAUAUAUCCUGUGAAAUGUGUGAUGUGUCUGUUACUGGUGGAUAUGAUCCUGACUUAAAUCAGGUAGUAAUCUGUCAGAAUACUGCUACAAGUAAAGGAGCAGUGCAGGGUGUUCUCACUCAUGAAAUGAUUCACAUGUUUGAUUAUUGUCGCAAUGAUCUUGAUUUUAAAAACAUUGACCAUUUAGCCUGUACUGAAAUAAGAGCUGCUAAUUUAGCACAUUGUAGUUUCCUGAGUGCAUUCAUGCAGGGUGACGCAUCUUUCAUAAACGUACGAGAAACACACAAGAAUUGUGUAAAGAGAAAAGCCAUGAUGUCUGUACUAGCUGUACGAAAUGUUUCGGAAGAAGAAGCACUGGCCGCUGUCGAUCGUGUAUUUUCCAAAUGUUAUAAAGACUUGGAACCCAUUGGUCGACGUAUCCGAAGGAACUCUUUGGAUAUGCACAAAGCUUUUUUGGAAGGGCCAUAUUAUGGCUAUGAUGUAUAAAAGUGAUUAGUUUCUUAUAUAAUAGUAGUAAAGAAUUGUACAAUUAUUAUGUACUUUGUAAUAUUGUUAAUAUAUGUUAUACAACGUA